GCCAACCUCAAGAUGAAAAGCGUGUGAUUGUCUUCCGAAUGAUACAGUGUGCGUAGAUGGUAAACUGGGACUAUAUAUCCUCCAUGGAGGUUCUUUUCUUCAUUUAACUGCAAGCAAGACUGUGGGUAUUUGUUGCUCCUCUUUCAAUUUAACAUGGAGGUGCCAACCUGUGCCCAGAAGGUUAACAACCAUGCAGCAUCACUGUUGGCAUAUCUAAACAUUCAGAGACAACAAGCUCAGUUCUGUGACUGUGUUCUCAGACAGAGACAAAGCCCGGGUCAACUAUAUUCUGCACACAGGUGCGUCCUGGCUGCUUCUAGUCCAGUACUGGCAUCUCUCUUGUCCUCUACUGGUGCCCUGGUGGAACUGCAGGCUCCGUGUCUGACUGACUCUGUGCUUGCACUGCUUUUGGAGUACAUUUACACGGGAGCUUUGCCACACACUCAUAGCCAGCAGCUGUAUUACAGUCUGCUCACUGCGGCCUGCCACCUGCAGAUGGAUAAACUGGAGGAGGAUCUGAGGACUUGGCAACAGUCUGAGGUCAAUGCUGUUGAUACUGAACAUGCAUCGACUGGAGUUGAAAAUCAGUCAUAUAAAACAACCAAUACUGUUAAUGGGACGAGUGUGCACACCAUGAGAGAUCUGCCACCAACAUCCAGUACUGAUGCCUUUAGAAGACCUGAAGUAAGAGACACUUCCAGUAUGCAAAGUACUGCAAGUUCACCAGAGAGAGCAACUCAUCAGUAUUCAGCCAGUAUGGAGACAUGUGAUGAAGACCCUCCUCUUGUGCUCGUUAUUCAACUGGGGUUUCAUUCGCCACAGCAGUCAUCACUACAAUGGCCUAAAGAGAGAAGAGAGAAUGCUCAACUUGACUGGGUCUAAUGUUGCAACGUUGUUUAAGCUUUGCAAAUAUUGUGCGAU